AUAUCUUUCCUUCACAACCCCCCCCCCCCCCUAUAAAUUCAUAUUUCCUUCUAUUGAUCAAACCAGAGUUUAAUUUCUUCCUGAGUUUCUAACCCAUGGCAGACACAGGUGCUUUUCAUAUUAAGGGCACCCUCCAAACUAAAGCUCUUUAUCAGUACAUCUUGGAGACAAGUGCUUACCCAAGAGAGCAUGAGAUGCUCAAGGAGAUCAGAGAGGCCACCAUAAACAAGUAUAGCUAUCUGAGUGACAUGCUAGUUCCAGCUGAUGAAGGACAGUUCUUAUCCAUGCUUUUGAAGAUCAUAAAUGCCAAGAACACAUUAGAACUCGGGGUUUUCACUGGUUAUUCUCUCCUAGUCACUGCUCUUGCGCUGCCAAGUGAUGGUAAGAUAACAGCUAUUGAUAUAAAUAGAGAGGCCUAUGAGACUGGUUUGCCAUUCAUAAGAAAAGCUGGCGUGGAGCAUAAAAUCAACUUUAUCAAUUCAAAUGCUCUACCAAUUUUGGAUGAAAUGCUGACCACCACCAAUGUGGAUGGAAUGGAGCUCUUCGACUUUGCAUUUGUGGAUGCUGAUAAACCUAAUUUCAUCAAUUACCAUGAGCGAUUGUUGAAGCUGAUAAAGAUUGGAGGACUCAUUGCCUAUGACAACACACUAUGGUAUGGCACAGUUGCUGUUGAUGAAGAGGAGGUCCAGGAGGAUAUGAAGGAUUACAGAAGGGCUAUAUUGGGUUUGAAUGCCUUCUUGGCUUCUGAUCCCCGCAUAGAAUUAUCUCAAAUUUCUAUCGGUGAUGGUGUUACCUUGUGCAGGCGCAUUCGCUAAUUUUAUUUAUUUUUUGGUUCAUAUUAGUAGGAAUAAUGUUGAUCUAGCUUCCUUUUGUCUGAGACUAUACUUAUUUCCUUUUCUUGUUUUUAUACGUAUUUUCCAUUCCAUAAAAAAUAAAAAUGACUUUAUUUC